CUGCACAUAAGCUUGUCUGUCUACCCCCCAGCUCCAUAUCACAAUGGCUUUCAUUACAGCUACACUUCCUCUGAUGGUGGGGCUUAUUCUGCUCUUUUUGGCUAGAUUGCUCAAGAGACAGCCUAAGAAACUGAAGUUUCCAAAGUCUCUGCCUUCCUUUCCUCUAAUUGGUAGCCUCCUGAGUCUGAGAGGUAAGCUCCAACCACACAUUCUGUUCCAGAAGCUACAGAAGAAAUACGGGAAGCUGUACUCUCUGAUGAUGGGGUCCCACUAUGUGGUCAUUGUUAAUGACUACCAGCAUGCCAAGGAAGUCUUGAUGAAGAAAGGAAAAGUCUUUGCUGGACGACCCAGAACAGUUACCACAGAUUUGCUGACAAGAGGUGGCAAAGAUAUUGCCUUUGCUAGCUACAGCAAAGCAUGGAAAUUUCACAGGAAGCUGGUUCACUCUGCCCUAGGCAUGUUUGGAGAAGGAAUAUCAACUAUUGAGAAGAUCAUCUGCCAAGAAGCCAACUCAAUGUGCCAGACAAUAAUCACCCAACAGAACUCUCUUUUGGACAUGGGACAAGAACUCACUAGAGCUGUUACGAAUGUUGUUUGCUCCUUAUGCUUUAACUCGCGAUAUCAAAGAGGAGACCCUGAAUUUGAAGCCAUGCUGGACUACAGCAAAGGAAUUGUUGACACUGUGGCCAAGGACAGCUUUGUGGACAUCUUUCCAUGGCUGGAGUUUUUCCCCAACAAAGACCUAAAACUUUUGAAGAAGUGUGUGGCCAUCAGGGACACCCUGCUGCUGCAGAAGUAUGAAGAACACAAAAAGAAUUACUGUGACGAAUCGGUAAGAGACCUGAUAGAUGCCUUGCUUAGAGCGAAAUCCAAUAUUAAGGGUAACAGUAGCUUCACACAGGAUACAAGCCUAGAUGAUGAUCACCUUCUAAUGACUGUAGGUGAUGUGUUUGGAGCAGGAGUGGAGACUACAACUACUGUGUUGAAAUGGACUAUCCUUUACCUGCUGCACUUCCCGGAGGUACAGAAGAACAUCCAGAAAGAACUUGAUGCUGUGAUUGGGCAGGAACGUUAUCCAAAAAUUAGUGACCGCGGAAACUUACCAUAUCUAGAGGCAACUAUCAGUGAAGUCCUUCGGAUUCGUCCAGUUUCACCACUCCUGAUACCACAUGUAGCAAUGGAAGAUUCCAGUAUUGGUGACUUUGCCAUCCCAAAAGGAAGUAGGAUUGUCAUCAAUCUCUGGUCCUUACAUCAUGAUGAAGAUGUGUGGGUAAAUCCAGGUCAUUUUGAUCCCACUCGCUUCCUGGAUGAGAGUGGAAGACAUAUAUACUCCCCUUCUGCAAGCUACCUUCCAUUUGGAGCUGGGAUCCGGGUUUGCUUGGGGGAAUCACUGGCUAAAAUUGAGCUUUUUCUCUUUAUGUCCUGGAUCCUGCAACGAUUUACACUUGAGAACCCACCUGGUGCCUCCUUACCUUCCUUGGAAGGAAAAUUUGGUGUUGUUCUUCAACCUCCUAAGUUCAAAAUAAAAGCAACACUCCGUGAAGUUUGGAAGAGUUGUGAACUGUCCGACUACGCAUGACUGUAUAACGAUCACGCAAUUAAGAAACUGGUUGCAGAAUACUUCGCUCAUGUUUCUCAUGAAGUUGCAGUAAUGAAACUACAGAAAGAGAACUUACAAAGCAGAAAUUACCACCGCAUCCCUGACAAAAGUGUAUUUGAAUGCCUUGUGUGGCAGCCUUAUAAAGUGCUAAGGAACUAUCAGUGUGAAUUAUGUUAUUAAAAAAAUUCUGGCUAUUCACAUAUCAUACUUUCUCAGCUCAGAGAACAUUAUAAUUUUGUAAUUUCACCAAUAGCCAGUCCCGGAACUGGUUUGUGUUUCAUAAUACAGGCCAUAAAACACUCACAUGCUUACUUA